CCCGCAGCCCCGCCAUGGGUCCCGCCCAGCGCACGGCGCCGUUACGAUAUCGGCUGAGCUCCUCCUCUUCCUCCCCCUCCUCUCUGCCCCGCCGCCGGGAUGCCGAAGCUUAGCAAGGAGGCCAAGCAGCGGUUACAGCAGCUCUUCAAGGGCGGCCAGUUCGCCAUCCGCUGGGGCUUCAUCCCCGUGGUGCUCUACCUCGGUUUUAAAAGAGGUGCAGAUCCUGGAAUGCCUGAGCCAACUAUCUGGAGUCUACUUUGGGGAUGAAGGAUGUGGUGGUCCUGUUCUAGAACCAGCGGAUGAACAGAGAGUGUCUGAAGAUACGUACAUUCCAGAGGAUGAGGCCAACACUUAGACCAGCUGGCACAAUCAGCUUGCUAAUGACAUAGGUUGUACAUAUAACAAAAUGGAGUUUAUAUGGACCUAACUUAUUUACAUUACAGUGUAAUUAAAUAAAUACAAUUCGAAUGGAUAAA